UCUUUCUCUCUCGUCUCUCUUCUGUCUCUCCCCUCCAUCUCUCUCUCUGUCUCCUCACAUCAUCCCACUAUGAUGCUGAGGAGAGACCGUCUGCUCCUGUCUGUGACCGUCACAGCCAUCUUCACUGCUGAUCUCUACUUCGUCCUGCUCCCCAAGCUCCGCCACAGACAACCAGGACCAGAGGAUGGAGGCUGCCUCUGUCCCUCCUCCAGGGGGACUAACUUCACCCUUGCUGGGUACAGCAGCCUCAACACCCCCUGGGCCUCCAACACCACCUCCAUGGACCUCCAGGGGAUGGGGGUCAGAGCUACGGACAACCCUACAGAUUGGGUCUCGAAGCUGGGGAGGCUGUUUGCUCACCCCCUGUAUAACAUCCAGACACCGGAGCUGGGGCUGGAAGAGAGGCUGUUACAGUCUGAAGAGGUAAUGGGGUAUUACAGGAGGAAGGUCUCGCGCUGGGAGAGGUGAGUACAGUACACACAGCCCUGAGUUUAGAGAUUUCUCAAUGUUUUGUUAUGGUUGUGAUUUACUUUAGGUGUGACUAGAAAUGUUAGGAGACACACGUAUUUUCCUGCUGUGGCUUCGAUGUGGUGGAGGGGUAGGGUCCCUGACAUUACGGCUGUGGAUCCCUGACAUGCAUAAACACACCAUUCUCUUUCUCCCUCUUUCUCUUAUUCUCUCUCUCUCUCACACGCACAGAUACUCAAGCAUAAGCAUGUCGACACAAAAUGUUUUCUCUUAGGCAAGCUAUUUUCCCGUAAAGACUAACCCCAUAAACUGUCUUCAAAGUCGGUGUUAUAAACAGCAUUUAAUAGUGGGCUGGAACCAAUACUCAAACAUCAUUUGAGAGCCUGUGUCUGGAUCUCCCUGUGCUAGGUAAACAAGACCCUUAAACCUGACGAAAUCCUUUAAACCUGUGAGAGCUGAACAGACUGUAGCUGUCUUGGCUCCUGUCUAACGCUGUCCAUCACAGCCCAGCGCAUUCCCCUCAGAGAGAUCCUGUUUGGGUUCCAAUGGUGGAAAAACAGAAGAAAUAUGACGAGAGGAUAUUUCUACCCCCUUGGCUUACUUCUAAAUGUGCACAUAACAAUAGAUACCCCAGGGCUUAGUGUGAGAGUCUUGCAAAAUCUUGCAGCAGCCUGUUAACAGAAGAUAAAUAGACUUAACGAGAGGAUGGAUGCUUUUCAUAGGGACAUCUGGGGAAAGUUUUGACUGUUUUAUUUGGAGGAUGAAAUAGAGCAGUUAUAGUUUACUGACUUACAGGUCAACCACUACGAUAUAUGGUGUGUGUGUGUGUGUGUGUGUGUAAGUGUAAGUGUGGCAUACAACAAUAGUUUGAAUCAAGACCACUGAAAGAGGAGGGCGAUGUGGUGUUGCAGCCAGCUGCUUGCUCCCUGGUUUCUAGUCUAUGGGUUUGUGGUCUCUGGUUGUGGUCUGUGGUCAGCCUUCCUGUGACGACCCCUCCUGUCAUCUGACCACAGCAACUGAUGAUGUUUGAAUGCAGGGAAGCAACCAACCCUCCCACCCACCGUGGUCAGAAUUGGCACAACGGUGCACCAAAGCCACAUGCUUCCCAAGUCUCCUUAAUGGUCUGAAUGUUUGCUUUGGAUCUGGAGUGAUUCCUGCCCAUAUUUUAAGUGUAUGUUUCUGUGGGGAUAUGUAUACAGAAGUGUCAGGAGAGGAGGAGAGGAAAGAAGGGAGAUUUCUAAGUGAGGGCGAACAGCUCGGAGGGAGUCAGAGAGUCCAAGAGGGAGGUGGCGACUGUUUACUAGGCUUUAGUUUGUCUGGAAUGCUGCCACUUCAAAUGUUUUCCUCCGAGAAUAAUCUGCAUUUGUCUUUGACUGAUUACCUCUGAGACUAUUCUCCUCUGUGGAAAUACCCUAAAAGUUGGUCCUGUGAAGGAACUGUUGUCCUCACCAUGGAUAUUACAAGUGUAUUUUUAAAGGCGCUUUCAAGAAAGUUCAAUUUGAUUUGAUAUUGUAUGAGUUUCACAGUGUGUAUCACAGGUUUUCAAGGAUAACUCCACUGUUUUGCAUACCCUAACUCUGACCUCAUUUUGACCGCCUCUCUUACCCCCUCAGGCAUACAGUAUGACAUUGUACAGCAAGGGCAAGGCUAUGCAUAACCUUAACACCACUGUAACAUCCCCCUCUCUUUCUCCCCCAGGCAUAUGAAGCUGUACAGCGAGGCAGCAACGUUGCUGGAACACCAAGCGACCUUUGACCCUGAGGCCAGCUGGCUGAAGUUCCACCUGGGCAUCAAUCGCUACGCUCUAUACGCCCGCGAGGACCCCACAAUCACCCACCUGCUGAAAGACAUGCAGACCACCACCGUCAUCAGCGCAGGUUGGACCUGUUGUAUGAGCGUUAUAACCAUUCAUAUAAGUGGUGUUCAUAUGAGUGUAAUAACAACUCAUAUGAGCAUUAUAGUCACUCAUAGCAGAACAACACUGUCAACAGUGCAUGCAGGUGCUAUAGGACCUCAUGCUUUAAACAUUUAUAUGAUUGUUAUAGGUAUUCAUUGCAGAAAUGUCUUUAUGCAGAUUACACUCAAGAUGAAAAGGCCCUCAAAGGAGCGUGUGACUGUACCCAGGGUAAGGUCUGGUGCUGUCUACGUACCUGCUCUGUUUUGUGCCUCUAUGAUUUGUGUGUUUUGUGUUCUAACAUGCAUUCCAUUUGCUUAAAAGGUUUUCCAUGAGGACAGGGAGAGAAAUGAGAGAAAAGAGAGAAUCAGUUGACACAGUCAUCUUCAUGACUGGUUCUUCUGUAGUUUUUCUCCAUCUGUUAUUUCCUUUGGUGCGCAGUUGUGGUAUCAGAGCCAAACACCCAGUCGCACCACUGACAAGACUUUUGUUUUCAUCUGGUUCCAAGCCCCAUAAAUUAGCAUCAUUUUAAUUUCUCACACUCUCCAGAUCUUCAUAAGUCACAUCCCUGGAGAAAGAGAGCAGAGAGUGGCUCAUUUAGUUCAAAGGCAGAGUGUUUUUUAAAAAGCUUUAUCUCAGAAAGCAGGAGAGUGGGGUGAUUCUACAGCAGUCUACACAGCCUUACUAUACCUUCAAGCAACAAACAACUCAGACCAUGGAUACACACUCACAUGCCCACAGAGAGACAGACAGACAGACACACACAGACACACACACACACACCAAUCUCAUCUAACAGGGACCUACAGCCGGCUGCAUUCCAAGAUUUGUAGCUCUUUCAACCACACUCACUGAAAACACACUGGUGGCUUCAACCUUAGCAACAACACAAACACACUGGUGGCUCCAACCUCAGCCACAACACAAACACACUGCCAAGAACCCAAAAACCCUCUAUUCCUCUGUCCCACAUUUAUUUUUAUAUGGCUUUUUCAACCACUUUUUCUUGAACGGUUGAAAAGCAACAAUGUUCCCAUUGCACUUCAAAGCUUGUUUGUGUCUGUUUGAUUUUUCUCCAGUUAAACACAGCAGAGAGAGAUUGUAAACUAUUAAUAAGCUACAACUUCAGAAGACUAAGCUGAAUCAGUUGGAAUCAGGAGGAGAAGCAUGUAUCUUUAUGGUUACUGGUUAGCCUUGCUUUCUGCCAGGGUACGCUAAAUACCCGGACAUGGUAGAGAAACCCUGCUGAGUGUAGUCCUCCAUCUGUGGAACCAUUACAACCUCUGUCAUUAUCUUAUCAUUGGGAACAGGUCCAGGCUAAAACAGAUCUAGAGCAGAGAAAAUAAUAACGAACACAAUCAAAAAGAAACCCCAAGGAUUCGAGCUGCAAAAUAAACUCCUGGCCAACUAUGUGUUUUUUGGAUAGGAUUUUUAGAGAGCUAAGCUUUCUCUCUGUACGAGACGAAGAGCUGCCGAGAGAGACACAGAAGCUGAGGGCAGGUGGUUGGCUGAGUGGUCGGUUAGAGAAAAGGCCUUGUUUAAUUAAUUUAAUUUCUGAUCCGUUUCUCUCUCUCUCUCUCUCUCUCUCUCUCUCUCUCUCUCUCUCUCUCUCUCUCUCUCUCUCUCUCUCUCUCUCUCUCUCUCUCUCUCUCUCUCUCUCUCGCUCUCUCUCUCUCUCUCUCUCUCUCUCUCUCUUUCCUGAUGUCAGUGGUAAAGCCCAGUGGAUACCACCUCAAGCUAGCCCUGAAGAUGCAGAACUUUGGCAAGGCCAUGUUCAAACCCAUGAGGUGAUUGUUUUUUGGGGAAAUCAAUCAGAGGGAGUAUUCUGGUUUGUAGUAAUAUUUUGAACAGUACUGUAGAUAUAUAAACCACUCUUGAACAACUCUCCCCUCUCAUCUCCUUCUCUCAGACAGCAGAGAGACCAGGAGACUCCUGAUGAUUUAUUCUACUUUGUCGACUUCCAGAGACACAAUGCUGAGAUCGCUGCGUUUCACCUGGACAGGUAACCUUGGCAACCUGUACUCUCCUCAUAUUUAUUUAGUUUGGUUUUAUUCAACCUUUAACUUACCUGGAACUCUCUCAAGGAUUCAAUCUAUUUUCUGAGAAAGCGUAUAAGAACCCUUCAAAUUGAAUGAUUUUCAAGCAUACUGUAUUUCCCAAGUUGCCUCCCAACAAACAGAGCCGAAAGCGUGUACCUCCGUCUACCUUUGAUUAUGAAAGAAAGUGUCCUUGGGGAGAUUAAGGCCUCUCCACUAUUUCAACAUGUCUCCUUCCCGAGCCAGGCAUUUCAUUUCCACAGACAUAGGUGUAAUUACUGCUGUCUACUGUAAAGUCUGUCUAACCUCCAUGCCUCCAGGUUACUGCACAUUAACUCAAGUGAGUCAUCAGUCAAAUACUGUCAUUUGAGUCACAGCUUUUCAACCCAAAACCACACAAGACAGCAAGUCAACGUGGUUGUUAUACCUUGAGGAACAACAACAUUAUGGAUGGGUGUACAUGGGUGUAGGCUACAAUCCACAAAUAAAGGUCAAAUAAGUGAUCAAGUUAUUGUGUUACAUACAUUUUUACCUCACAAUAUACCAUUUAGUCAUUUUCUAAUUUCAUGAAAUGGAAAAGAAGAGAAGAAAAACAAAGCGUAAAUACUCGGUACACUGUGACUCUACACUACAGUACUGUCUAAGACUAUAUACUGGUCUGUCUGUGUGUUCCCACCAAUGUCUCUGUGUUGUGUCUCUGUCUCUGUGUUGUGCCAGAGGCCUUAUCAUUAUAAGGCACAAUCAGCAGGUGAGAUAUGACAGCCCAGGCAGCACCUCAAUAACAUCUACAGUAUUUCGUCUCAGAUACACACACUGAUGACUGUUAUUGAGACACAAGUCUGUCAGACUGUAAAUAUGGCCCUGGGGGGAUAUUGCUACACAUCAACAACUGCUAGAUUACACAGCGGAGAACAGAAACAAUCACAUAGGUGUUAUUAUGGAUAAAAAUCAGUAAAGUUGAGUUCAUUUCCUGUGACUUUGUGUAUGUCAACUAAGGUGAGAGAUUGCAGGAGCUAUGAGUUCAUCUGACUUUCUAUUGUUUGUUCUGUUCAGAAUGGAACUCUUUCUUCUAGAACUCUGAGUAGUAGAAGAUGUAUGAGUUUGCGUUAAUCAGAAUGGAACUCUUGUCUUUCUCUCUUCUAGAAUCCUGGACUUCCGGAGGGUACCGCCGGUGGUGGGCAGGCUGGUGAAUGUGACGGGGGAGAUUCUCCUGACCACUCACAACGAGGACCUAAUGAGUGUGUUCUUUACCUCUCCAGGUAGGCAUUACCCUGCUGGAACAACACAGUUCCACAAUAGGACAACUUGGCUUGAGAGUCUACACACCUGUUACCUAGAUCUUAAUUAAUCAGUCUGUGAUUAAAAGGCGAGGAUCUACAAUAUAUCUAUUCUCUUUCAAACAGCGAACAACACGUGUUUCUUUGCCAAGUGCCUGUACGCGUGUAAGACGGAGUAUGCAGUGUGUGGGAGCCCUGACCUGCUGGAGGGCUCCAUGUCAGCCUACCUCCCCGGUCUCAGCAUCGCCCCUCGUAUCUCCAUCCCCAACCCCUGGAUACGAUCAUACACCUUCACUGGCAGGGAGGAGUAAGCAUACAACCCUUAGACCUUAACCCUGAGACCUACUGUCAUCUCUUCCCAUAUGCCAUUUUGGAGCCUCUCAUUUUCAUUUUGAAAGUUCUCCAUUUGACUGUUUUUUGAUAAGGUAAUAUGGCAGACUGAACAUGAAUAUCUUGUUACAAUUAAUAUCUUGUUGUAAUAUCUUAUAAUAUUUUGUUACAAUCUGCAUGUGUCCAUCUCUACCAGGUGGGAGGUGAACCCCUUCUACUGUGACACCAUAAAGCAGCUGUAUCCCUACAACUCAGGGAACAGACUGCUCAACAUCAUAGACAUGGCCGUCUUUGACUUCCUCAUUGGUAUGUACUAGCACCGAUCACCCCUGAUGUAUCCCUGUCCUUGUCCCAUAUGACACCCUAUUCCCUAUGUAGUGCACUAUCUUUGUCUAUACAGUGAAUAAACACGCUGUGUCAAAAAUGACUCCCUAUUCCCAAUUACAGUGCACUACUUUUGUCUGUAGCCCUAUGUGAGUGAAUAUUUGUUCUUGGCACUCUCCCUCAGGUAACAUGGACAGGCACCAUUAUGAGAUCUUCACCAAGUUUGGCGAUGAAGGUUUUCUUCUUCACUUUGACAACGCCAGAGGGUGGGUACUAGAGUUGCUUUAUAACUUCAGUCAUUGUACAAUGUAAUAUUUGUAGUUCCCUUAUGAUUACAUCACUUCCUGUGUUUCAGGUUUGGGAAGCAUUCUCAUGAUGAGAUGUCCAUUCUGGCUCCACUGUCACAGUGCUGCAUGUAAAUAUGGAGGGCAUCCACUAUAGUCACUAACACAGAUUAACUAACACCAAUAUUUAACCUUUAUUCAUAUUUAACUUGGCAUGGCCAAGUCUCACUCUCUGCCUAUCUUUCCCUCAUUCUCUCUCCCCUCUUCACCUCCAUCCCUCCCCUUCCUCUAACCCCUCUCCCGCCCCUCCUCACCUCUCAGUAUAAAGCGUUCCACGUUGCUGCGGCUGCAGCUCCUCUCCCAGGACCACUACAGGCUCAGUGACGUGAUGAGGGAGUCCCUGGGAGGAGACACACUGCAGCCGGUCCUUGCUGAGCCCCACCUGCAGGCCCUGGACCGCCGGCUGCAGCGUGUCCUGAAGACAGUCCACAGGUGUGUCCGCAGGCUGGGAGAGGCUCAGGUGAUCACCACAGACUUUAUUGAUACCUCCGCCAAGCCUGAGUCUGUCAAACCAGUGUCUGCGCCCAACAAGGAGAGGUAACUAAGGUUAAUAAGGAAUCCAAAUGGAGGCCUGUGUGGCUCUGGUCAAAAUAAGUGCAUUAUAAUAGGGGAAUAGGGUGACAUUUUGGACGUAUCCCCAAGUCCUGCAAGGGGAGGUAACUU